AUGGGUGCCUACAAGUAUUUGAGCGAGCUCUACACCAAGAAGCAGUCGGACGUCCUCCAGUUCGUCUCGCGCGUCCGCUGCUGGGAGUACCGCCAGCUCGCGGUCAUCCACCGCACCACCCGCCCCACUCGCCCCGACAAGGCUCGCCGCCUCGGAUACAAGGCCAAGCAGGGCUACGUGAUCUACCGCGUUCGCGUUCGCCGUGGUAACCGCAAGAGGCCUGUGCCCAAGGGUGCUACCUACGGUAAGCCCGUCCGCCAGGGUGUCAACCACCUCAAGUACCAGCGUGGCCUUAAGUCCACCGCUGAGGAGCGUGUUGGCCGCCGCUGCGGUAACCUCCGCGUCCUCAACUCGUACGCCCUUGACACCGAUGGAGUCUAUAAGUAUUACGAAGUGAUCCUUGUCGACCCCUCGCACAAGGCUAUCCGUCGCGACGCUCGCAUCAACUGGAUCUGCAACCCCGUCCACAAGCACCGCGAGUCGCGCGGCCUUACCGCCGAGGGCAAGAAGAACCGUGGUCUCGGCAAGGGCUCCAAGCACAACCACACCCCCGCUCGUGCCACCUGGCGCAAGCACAACACCCUCUCGCUCCGCCGCUACCGUUAA